CAUCUUCCUUAGCAAACCUUCCUCUUUCUUCUUCUUCAAUUUUCCGCAACUCUGCACCUUCAGUGGUCUCUCUUUUAGACCGCUGCUGGUUGCUGUUGUUGCUAAUCAAAACCAUGUCGCCAUUGAAGAGCUUCCAAGCUUCUUAUUCUGACAAGAAACAGGGCAUCGUCGCUGUUCUUUCUUCUGACUCUGAACACUCCCAAAUUCAACCUUCUUCUCUUCGAAGAACUCUCUCUGCCGAUAUGUCCUCCCAGAAAUGGAUCUCUUACAUGAAAAAAGUCGCUUCGUUUCAUGAAUUUCACACUCCCAAAACAGAGCAUGAAACAGAGGAUGAAGCAGAGGGUGUUGAUGUUUGGAGCUCUAUCAUUAAAGAAUCUCGUCAGGAUUCCAAGCCUGUUUCUGAUCCUUAUGUUCAUCCUCUUCUUAAGCGAUCUGGUAAGUGUUUGAGUGAAAAGAGUCUUGAAAUUUGUACGGAAAGUCUCGGCUCCGAGACUGGGUCUGAUGGGUUCUCGUCGUAUCCGUCGUCGGAGAAUGGAGAUACUGAUGACGAGGAGGAAAAUAUACUCGAAGGUACUCAAAUAUUUGAGGUGGAGAAUCAGUGGAAGCGUGUGAAGAUUAGUUACAAGAAAUCGCCACCCCAUCGGUCAUUUCCUCCACCGCUUCCUACGCUUUCCGGCCCGGAUGGCGAGUCGUUGAGGAUGCAGCCUCGCCGUGACAAUGGGCGGUUGGUUCUUGAGGCCAUGUCCGUGCCUUCACAAAACAACUUUCGCGCUCAACGUCAAGAUGGUCGCCUUGUUCUCACACUCCUCAAUCGUCAUCCAAUCAAUCAGGUAGUAAAAGACGAUGACUCGGACAAAGAAGAAGAGAAGGAAGAGGAAAAAGAGAAAGAUCCAAAACUGACAAAAUCAUCAGAAUUCGCAAGUGGGUUAGUAAAAAUACACAGGUUAGCAUCAAUGAUGAACAGCAAAACAAUAGCUUUAGCCAACAGGAACCCAUCACUCCCACCGCGGCCCAAGGCGGCUCAGCCACUAACAGGCUGCGCCGCACCGCCGACCGCUGCGACGUUGAAUGCCUAUGAGUACUACUGGAAGUCAAAGCCGACGGGGAAAGUGGGAACGGGCAUGAACCCGCUGGGGCAGCAGCCGGCGUCGUUCAAGAGCAGCAGCAGAAAGGUUAUGAUAUGCAAGAACAGAACAGCAAAUGAAGAAGAGAAAUUGGUAGUAAUGUGUUCAAAUGGGAGUUGUAAGGAGGUCCGGCGGACGGUGGUGUUUUGGGAGCCACGGUGCAUUGCCACUUCCUAAAAUUAUUCCCAUAUUCAUUUCCAAAUCCUCUAACUGUUUUACCUAAAUUUGAUGUUUUUUUUUUUGGUUAUUGCUUUUAGUUUAACUUACUUUCCACUCUUUGGGGAAUUAUGUCUACAAAAUAAAGUAUAUGAGAGAGAGGGGUGUGAGAGGGAGAGAUUAUUACUUUUAAAUUUGAGAGAAAUAUCAUGUGCUAUUAAAUAAUAUAAAUAGUUAAUUUAUUAAUUUAGUUUGUAAACUUAUAUA